AUUUCCCUUGUCAAAAUGGCGGCAAACAAGGAAGCUAUUGCUAUCAUUUUGGAUGUGGGGCCAUCCAUGAACCAGGCUCCAGCAGGGGAGGCAACUUCACUUCAGACGGCCAUUGAUGCGAUCACGAUGAUAUUACAGAGAAAGAUGUUUUCCGAGUCUAAAGACGAGGUGGCACUGAUUCUCCUGGGAACCCCCGACACGGAUAACCCCCUAGCAGUGAACGGGGGAUACGACAACAUCUCGAUCGUACGGCCUCUCGGGCUCGCAGACUUCAACCUGCUACAGACAGUGAAGAACGACAUCACUCCCAGCGAUACAUCCGGGGACUUUCUUGAUGCCAUUGUGGUUGCUAUGGAUCAUCUAGUCAGUGCCACACAAGGUAAAAAAGGGUUUGCUUCAAAACGCAUCAUUUUGCUCUCGGAUCUCACUGGGCCAUUCGGAGAUGAUCAACUUGACACAAUAGUGGGUGCUCUUCAUAACUCAGGAACAGAGCUUAACGUCAUAGGUCCUGAUAUUGCUGAUGACGAUGAAGACGAGGUAGAUGCAGGACCUAAACAUGGUAAAGAGAAAACUCCACAACAGCUGGCCGGUGAGACGCUCAUUAAACACAUACUCGAUCAAGUGAACGGGGAAUCGUACUCAUUCAGUGAAGCAUUGCCAGCUCUGAGUUAUUUUCAAACUCGUCAAGUUCGACCCACUGCCUGGAAAUGUCAGCUUCAGAUCGGACCAGACUUGAAGAUUCCUAUAAAUGGAUAUGCUAAGAUCAAAGAGUUCAAACUGAAGCAGACCUGGAAGAAAGUGUACGCCAAGGACCCCGACAUGGAGAUCGGAACCUUGCGGACAUACCACAUGGACGACGAAGAGGAAACCGAAGUGGAAAAGGAAGACAUUGUCCAAGGCUUUCGCUAUGGCAACACCCUGGUUCCCAUGUCAGAAGAUGAUAAAGAAAACAUGAAAUAUGUUUCUGAGAAAUGCUUCAGUGUUUUAGGAUUCACAGACAGUGAAAAUGUGAAGCAGCAUCAUCUCCUAGGUGACGGCAUUAUUACCGUGGUGGCAGAGAAAGGGGACGAGGCUGCAGGAGUUGCAUUAUCUGCCUUGAUCAAUGCGAUGUAUGAAACCAAUAAGGUGGCCAUCGUACGGAGAGUGUAUGCAGCACGAAGUGCACCCAGAUUAGGAGUCCUGUUUCCACACAUAAAGGCAGAGUACGAGGUCUGUGAUCUUUGUUUUUUUUACUUUGUGUUUUGGGUUUAA